UUCUGAAAAAUUGUCUUAGGAGUAACACACACACACACACACACACACACACACACACACACACAAAAAGAGAUUAAGGAAUGAUUAAGAAAAGAUUCUUAUCAAAACUUAUACUCGGGUUCAUUUACAAUUGGAAUUAAAGUAGUAAUAGAUUUCAGUCAAUUAUCUGCACUGCUAAUACAAUUUGUAUUCAAUAGCAGCAAAGUAUGUGUCUGUCUUUAAUUCAAGUAAUUGGGUUUCCCUUUUAUGGUUAAUGGGUGCAAAUUUUGGCUAAGUGGUGAAAAAAAGAAUAUAUUUUUUUGAUCACGGUGGUGUUCGGUCCAGCUUGCGGGCGCCAGAGGAGGGGUUCAUUCUUUAAGAUAUAUUAUCCCAAUAAUCCCGGUUUCUGAAAAAUGAGUUCUAGUUCUUGGCCUCUUUUAUUUGACUCCUUAAGGAGCUUAGUGGAAACUCUUGAGAAAGCUAAUACUGCUGAUGUUUCCGUGGUUGGAGCCAUAAAACAAUGUUCUGAGACUUCAAGAUGUCUUUUGGCUGCAAGUGAAAGAACAGGUUUGUUAGCUGAACACUUGCAGCUGCUAAAUUUCCUCCUCAGAAUUGUUUCCAGUCUUCAUCCCGAGGCAAGUAAUUUGUCAAAAUCAAGAGGCAAGAAAAAAAUAUCUGGUUAUAACAGUUCAUGGGAAGUUGAAAUAGUAGCUUUUACUAUGAUUGGUGAACUAUAUUCGAGAUUUGCAUCUUCUUUACCAGUUGAUACUUGGCAAUCAACAAUUGAGAUCCUUAGACAUAUUUUGGAAACGGUGGCAUCUAAAGGCCAUAUUAAGGAAGAUGGAGCCACUGCCAGGUUUUAUACCUCGCUUCUACAUUGCCUGCACUUGGUUCUUACAGAUGCCAAGGGAUCGUUGUCUGGCCAUGUGGCAGGUCUUGUUGUGGCUUUGAGGAAUUUUAUUCAUUAUGGCCUUACUAAUAAAUCACACGAUAUGUUUGCCAUUGCUGAUAAGAAGCAGAUUACUUCUGUUAGCAUGAAGCCAGAUUUGGCAGAAUCAACAAAAUCACAAACGGGCCGAUAUAGGCCUCCACACUUACGAAAUAAAAAUCUGAAAAAUUUUCAGUUGGAGGAUGAGAAAUCUCUAACACUAUCAUCUGAUUCAGAAAACAGUGAUAGUGAUGGAUCAGGGCGGGGUACUUGCAAUACACCCUAUGCUAAGACUAGAUUAGCUGCGAUCAUCUGUAUCCGGGACCUUUGUCUAGCUGAUCCCAAAUCAUUUACGGCUCAGUGGACAAUGCUUUUACCAUCCAGUGAUGUCCUACUGCCAAGGAGGUAUGAGGCAACACUGAUGAGUUGUUUGCUGUUUGAUCCAUUUCUAAAGGCACGGGUUGCAGCUGCCUCUGCCAUCAGGGCUAUGCUGGAUGCUCCGUCAUCUGUUUUUCUUCAAGUUGCAGAAUUCAAGGAAUCAACUAAAUGUGGGUCAUUUAUGGCACUCUCCAGCUCUCUUGGGCAGAUUUUAAUGCAAUUACACUCAGGGACUUUAUACUUGAUCAAAAGUGAAACGCACAGUGGAUUGCUAGCGUCCUUGUUCAAAAUUUUGAUGCUUUUGUUAUCAUCCACACCGUAUUCUAGAAUGCCUCGGGAAUUGUUGCCAACGGUUCUCUCUUCUAUUCAAGCUAGGAUUGAAGUAGGCUUUUUGUUCAGAAGUGACCAAAAUAUCCUAUUGGCGACAGCAAUCAACUGCUUGAGUGCAGCCUUGUCAGUCUCACCAUUUUCAGUUGAAGUCAGAGACAUGCUUAUGGCAGAAGUAUCAGCAGGUUUCAUCAGUUCUCAAUCGAAGUCGGGCAUUUUGUCUACGUUGUUUCGAUAUUGUGAACCAGGAGUAAGCCCGUCUGUGGGUUUUGAGGCACUUCAGGCCGUCAGAUCUGUGGCACACAACUAUCCUAGCGUGAUUGUCUUGUGUUGGGAAAAGGUUUCCCUUUUAGUUCAUGGAUUCUUGACUUUCUCUCCUGAGACGAGGUCGUGGAGGGACAAUGUUGGAAACUUAAAUGAGCCAAUUGGAGAAAAAGUCAUAACCGCUUCAAUCAAGGUUUUGGAUGAAUGUCUUCGUGCAAUCUCUGGAUUUAAGGGGACUGAAGAUCCUUCGAGUGAUAUAUCACUUGAUAGCCCUUUCACAUCUGACUAUGUCAAAUUAAAAACAAUCUCGUCGGCUCCAUCUUAUGGGCCACAUGAUUGUGCAGUAAAUAAUGAUGGAGCUGAAAAGCUGUCAGGAAGGGAGCAGUGGCUGGAAGCAAUUGUUAGGCAUUUGCCUCUUAUCAUUCAGCAUUCUUCUCCAAUGGUGAGGGCUGCGUCAGUUACUUGUUUUGCUGGAAUAACUUCCACAGUUUUCUUUUCUCUGCCAAAGGAUAAACAAGACUUCAUCCUGAGCACUUGUGUUAAAACUGCAAGAAGUGAUGAGGUUCCAAAUGUUAGAUCAGCUGCUUGUCGUGCUAUUGGUGUAAUUGCUUGUUUUCCACACAUUUUCCAGAGUGCAGAGCUUUUUGACAAGUUCAUUUCUCCUGCUGUGCACAAUAGUAAUGAUUCCUCAGUAUCGGUACGCAUAACAGCCUCGUGGGCUUUAGCUAAUAUAUGUGAUGCACUUCGCCACCAUGUUGAUGUACAUGGAUUUGAGAACUUCUCUUCAGUGAGCUCACAGUCUAUCUCCUUGCUGAUGAACUGUGCUUUGCACCUUACAAACGAUAAUGACAAGGUCAAAGCAAAUGCUGUAAGAGCAUUGGGUAACCUUUCAAGAGUUGUUAGGCUUUCAAGUCGAUCGUGUGCUUAUGAUAGGCAAGCAGAUCCAAUGGUCGUAUCUUCUGGGGGCAAGCCCACAAAAAAUUUGUCCGUCUCCGAGGAUCUGGGAGGUUGUUCAAGUGCACAUAACACUCCCUUGGAAAAUUUUAAAUGGCUUGAGAAGAUGGUGCAGGCAUUUAUUUCUUGUGUUACAACUGGAAACGUUAAGGUACAAUGGAAUGUUUGCUACUCAUUGAGCAACUUGUUUUCCAAUCCAACAUUGAAGCUGGAAAACAUGGUUUGGGCAUCAUCAGUUUUUAGCAUUUUGUUGCUACUCCUUCGUGAUUCUUCUAAUUUUAAGAUCAGGAUACAAGCAGCUGCUGCUUUGGCUGUUCCAGCAUCCUCAAAUGUCAUGUGGUGCAGAUAUAGGUUGAAAAGUCGGAGGGUGGAAGGGCUCUUUUUCCAUCAUGAAGUCAACUAUUAUGGCGGAUCAUUCUUUAGUGUUCUUCAAGGUGUGCAGCAUGUUGUCGAGAGUCUGAGUUCUGAUGAGAUUUCAUCACCAUCAAAUUUGAAAUAUAGGUUGGCGCUUGAAAAGCAGCUUACCUCAACUAUGUUGCAUUUGCUUGGCCUCACUUCCAAAACGGAUGAUCGCCGUGUCCAUGAGUUUCUAAUGAAGAAAUCAUCCUUUCUCGAGGAGUGGUUUAAGUUGGUCUGCAUGUCUCUUGAGAAAUCACCUAACCAGUUUGAGGCCGAAUAUUACUCUUCUGUUAACCACAAGAAAGAUGUAAUAUUCAGAGCUGUUAGGUCACUCAUCGAGGUGUAUGAAGUGCAUGAUCUUCACGCUGUUGUACAAAGGUUUCACAAGCUAUCCAACAUCCUAUAACAGUUUUUUUCCAGUUUUGGGUUCCUACAUCUGCUUGGUCGGUCUGGCGUGUAUUUUCUCUGGCUGCUGCUGCUUGAGCUGGUUAGCCCUAUCCGGUCGACGCUGCAAGCUACCCUCGCCUACCUCAUCUAUAGGCAUUUCUAUCCGCCCGCGCGCGAGAUCAGAUCGACUACUCUACUACCAUCAAGCUCCGCAGCUCGCCCAGAAGAAGAUAGACCCGCCACUAUAGAUUUGUCAAUCCCUGGAUACCUUAAGCUCUGUAAUUUUGCCAUGGUCCUCUUGGUUGAAUGACACCAAUGACAACCUGUAGAUUAGUCAUCAGAACAAAGUGGUGGUUGUCUUUCGAUGUGAAUUUGUGUUGGAGGUCCCAAAUGGUUGCCUUUACCAAAAGGAUGUGCGGACAUCUCCCAACGAUUACUUGUAGAUUAGUCCGUGAACAAAGUGAUUGCCGUCUUUGGAUGUGCAACUCCAUGGAAAUGGAAGCUGCGAAUGGUUGCCAUUAGCAAAAGGAUGAGCACAAAAGCGCCAUAUGAUAACCUGUAGAUUAGCCUGCUGAACAACUUGAUAGUUAUCUUUGGAUGUGAAUUAUAUCGGACUCUUACAUGGCUCUCUAGCAAAAGGAUGAGCAGAAAAUUUCCAGUAUCCUCUGGUUUCUGAGACAUCUGGAGACAUCCUGUAUUUGUUGUGCUUUGUGUAGCAAUUUGAGUUCCCAAUUUUUUGUGUAAGAUAUUUUGAAUCCUCAUUUGGUUUUGCUUACUGCCACAAAAUUAUUUAUAAAUGACAAUAGGACCACGUAUUUUUUUGAGACAAUGCAUGUAAGUCAUUAGCUUAAUUAAAUUUUAUUAUAGAAAGGUGCUACCAAUGGGGAAAGAAAUGUUGCAUUGUGGAAA